AUGAAGCUGGUGUGGUGUCCGGAGGUGGCGUCCAAGGCCUACAUCGACGGCGUCAGGGCGCUCGCCGGCCACGACGACCUCGCCGGAUCGGCGGAGGUCGCCGAGCUCGUCGCCGCCAUGGCCGGCGGCUGGAACGCGCAGCUCGUCGUCGAGGCGCCGGACGUGCCGGCGCAAUCAUCCAUCUCUUCUUCACGGCCGCCCGCCACAUGCCUCGCGCUCGCCGCAGCCGCGAGGCGCACGGGCGGGCGCUACGCCUGCGUGCUUCCGGAGGGCGGCUCCGCGUCCGCCGCGGCGGUAUUCGCCGGCGUCCGCUCGCAGGAGGACGCGGACGCGGGAGCGGAGUCGCCGUCGCCGUCCCCGACGGUCGUCGUGGCCAGCGACGCCGACGAGGCGAUGGCGCGGCUGGAGGGUGUCGACCUGCUAGUGAUCGACGCGCGGCGGCGGGACGCGGCGGCCGUGCUGCGGGCGGCCAGGCCCGGGGCCAGGGGCAUGGUGGUGGUGCGCCACGGCGACGGAAGGCGGCGCGGUGCCACGGCGCUGGCCGCGGCGUCCAUGGCGGCCGGGACAAGGGUCGUGCGCUCCGUCUACCUGCCCAUCGGCAAGGGCGUCGAGGUUCUCCACGUCGGCGUCGGGAAGGGGCCUAGCCUGCAUAGCCGGGGCGGCGCCCGGGGGACCGGCCGGUGGAUCCGGCACGUCAACCACGACACCGGCGAGGAGCAUGUCUUUCGGCGGCAGUAG